AAUAGGGAAGAAGAACAAACGGAAACGAACCCUACUUGCUCCUCGUUCACGCUCUCCGGUCUGCGCCGUGGUUUUCGCGUCUCUCUCAAACUCCGAUUCUCGAUUUUCCGACCAAUAUAUAGCACCGACAGGUUCCUUACUGAACGUAACAAAAACUAGUUAUGGAAUUGUUCCGUGGAGGUGAUUGCACUGAAGUACAAGUAGUAUACCCUCGAGUGCAGUGAUGCUUCUGAAGCAGCUGAAACAACUUACCUUGUCUGUUGCACGCAGACAUACUGUUUUCAGGACAGAUGUUAAACAGCUUGCAAGGUUCUAUGGCUCUCCUGCUGUUUGCGAAUCUUUAACAACCUCUAAGGUUCCCAAAAGACUGUCAAGAGAGGAUCGUCGAGUCUUGGUGGAGGCUUAUGUGAACGAAUACAGAGCUGCUAAUGCUGGUAGAUUCCCUACAAUGUAUGCUACUUACAAGGAAGUGGGAGGCUCUUAUUACAUUGUCAGGGAAAUCUUUCAAGAGCUGAUGAAACUCAAGACAAAAGCACCUGUGCCAAUCGGAGGCACAACACUCUCAGAAGUCUCUCAUUCUACACCAGAUGAUGCUUCCUCACACUUCUCUCCUGUGGUUGUUGCACCUGAGUUUCAAGCUGGUAGUCUGGAUAUUGAGACAGUAAGUGAGCUGAGGCAGGAUAUAAUAGAUUCUUCUCACUCUGAUUCUGAUGGAGAAAGUAAUCUCCAGGGCAACAACCUUGUCAAUACUGCAACAGAUGACAAAAGAGAAACAGAAACAUGUCAGAGAAUAGAAGUAGAGGAAUGUUUAAAAAACUCGGAGACUGAGGAAGAGGGAAACAUGACUCAGUUAGGUAAUAUAGAGUCAAAAGCAGACAAUCUUGAAGGAGAUGUUUCAGCAGAUUUUGUGCCUACGGAGACCAGACAAGUUUCAGUGACAGAAGCUGGCGGCAAGGUGAAAGAGAGGUCAAGUGCAUGGAGCAACAUAAUGUCGUUUGCGAAAGAGUUUGCAAACAUUUUUAGAAGCUAGUUUUGUGAUGGACCAUUUGUACAAAGGUUUAGAAUUUCCCAAGAUUUCUAACAUGGUAAUAUAUACUAUUUAUUGUCCUGCUCACAAUUGAGUCUACAUCAAAAUUCAUAAUUUUGCUAA